CUCUCUGUUUCACUCUGACGGCGUGCGUUUGAGGGGACGGGCGGUAGGGGUAAAAGGAGUUGCCGGGCGUUAGCAAAGCAUAAACGGUGUUUGGGAGGAGGCUUUUGACGCUAUCUGCCAUUUCAAAACAAGAAAGAAUCGCCAGUCUCCUAACUCAACACCAAGCCGACUUACAUACUUCGACUAGAGCACAAUUUACAACACCGGCAGCUGGGAGAAUUAAGGUGUCGAAGAUCGCUAAUUAGCGACCCAGCUAGCAGUUAGCCAACACCUCUUUCAUAGCUAGCAUAGCUACCAUCCUCAUUAGCAAACAAUCCUCCUCGAGACGCAAGCACUUCCGUUUGAUACUUCUGAUCACGAGCAACGCCAGUAUUCCAUGCUAUUAGCGUGCACGUUCUUUUUAUUUAACAGUUCGAGCUAACGUUAGCGUUACGAGUAAGCCUGGCCGCUGGAAACGGUCUGUGGCUACCCAUUGAUACUGCGAACCAUCACUCCCAGGUCCCCCAUCACCUCUGCCCCUUUCCCUUCCACCCGACACCCUGGAAAUCCACAAGCGGCCGGAGAACGGCGUCGAGCCAGCGAAGCUGGGGGUGGUUUCGGACCCGCACCUCAUCGGCGCGCCGACAGAGAGGCAUAGUCGUGGGGACGCGAAGACGACUAUGGACGGUCUGGCGGUGGAGGUCCGAGGCUCGAACGGGGCCUUCUACAAGGGGUUUAUCAAGGAUGUCCACGAAGAAACACUCACAAUAGCCUUCGAAAACAACUGGCAGCCAGAGAGACAGAUGCCUUUCAGUGAUGUUCGGCUGCCGCCUCCUGCAGACUACCACAAGGACAUCGCUGAGGGGGAAGAGGUGGAGGUGUUUUCUCAAACCCCUGGCAUCGCUCGAUACACACCUUACCACGUCCAGCUUCCCGCACACACGCACAGACCCCCCCCGCACACACAAACGCCUACCUCACUGCCUCCUGAGGUGUACUCGCGGGCGAAUGACCAGGAGCCCUGUGGCUGGUGGCUGGCCCGCGUCCGUAUGAUGAAGGGAGAGGUGAGUCAGGGCCUGUUCUACGUGAUCGAGUAUGCGGCGUGCGAACCUUCAUACAACGAGAUCGUCACGUCAGAACGGAUCCGGCCGGUCAACCCCAACAGCCCCUCGUCUCGGACCUCCUUUCACAAAGUCUGCAUCGCCGUCCCAGAAGACCUGAGAGAUAUCUGUUUGAACGACAACAUCCACAAAGACUUCAGGAAAGCCGUUGGAGCCAACUGCAUCUUCUACAACACUCCUACCCACGAACUUAUCGUCCUGUCCACGAACGAAUCUACAGUGAAGCGCGCCAACCUUCUCAGUGACAUGCACUUCCGCAGUAUCCGCACUAAACUCAUGCUCAAGUCCCGCAAUGAAGAGGCCACCAAGCACUUGGAGACAAGUAAGCAGCUGGCGUCUGCAUACCAGGAGGAGGUGAAAGUGAGAGAGGACCUGAUGGGAUUGGCCAUCGGUUCCCAUGGCGCCAACAUCCAGCAGGCCCGCAAGGUGCCCGGGGUCACUGCCAUUGAGCUGGAGGAGGAGAGCUGUACCUUCAGGAUCUACGGAGAGACCCCAGAUGCCGUGAAGCAGGCCAGAGUUUAUCUUGAGUUUAAAGAAGACGCCUUUCAGGUGCCCAGAAACCUUGUUGGUAAAGUGAUCGGCAAGAGUGGCAAGAUCAUCCAGGAGAUCGUUGACAAGUCUGGCGUGGUGCGGGUGCGGAUCGAGGGGGACAACGACAAAAAGGAGGGAGGCCGAGAGGGGACGGGCCGAGAGGGGACAGGCCGCGAGGACAAAGGCAGAGAGGACAAAGGCAGAGAGGCGACCCGCAGAGACGCCACAGCAGGCAGCCAAGAGGGGAUGGUUCCGUUCAUCUUCGUCGGCACUAAGGAGAACAUCAGUAACGCACAGGCACUGCUGGAGUACCAUGUGGCAUACCUACAGGAAGUUGAGCAGCUGCGUCAGGAGCGUCUCCAGAUUGACGAGCAGCUCCGUCAGAUCGGCGUGGGCUACCGCGCUCCCGCCAGCCGCUCCGGACCGGGCGGGGCAACAGGUGAACGCGAGCGGGGCUACCAGACGGACGACAGCGCCAACUCUGCCAACCUGCACACCUCGCGCACCUACGGGGGCCGAGGCCGUGGGCGCAGGGCCUCCAACACCCAGUACUCCGGCUACGGCACUAACUCCGAGCUCUCCAACGCUUCCGAGUCGGAGGAGGUGGCGGACAGGGAGAGGGACGCACGGCCCCGCGGCGUGGAGAGAGGCGGCGGCGGGGGGGACGAGCGGGGCGCCCGGCGGGGGGGCAGAGGGCGCGGAACCAGCACAGGGAGGGGCCGCGGAGGAGCAGGCCCACGCCAGAACAACUCCAUCAGCUCAGUGCUGAGGGAUCCUGACAGUAACCCGUACUCUCUGCUGGAGGGCGAGGGCGAGCCAGGUGUCGACACUGACGCCAGCGAGGGCCCCGGGAGCGGCAACGACCGCAGGAGACGCUCACGCCGUCGCCGUACCGACCAGGAGCCCAGCGUCAUGGAUGCCGCCGCCAACGAGUCAGACGGCCAGGCCGCUGCCAGUGAGAAUGGAUUAGAGGACGAUGGCAAACCCCAGCGCCGAAACAGGAGCCGUCGCCGCCGUAACCGCGCCAACCGUCCCGAGGGUGGAUCCACCAGCCGUGACAGACAGCCAGUGACUGUGGCAGACUUCAUCUCUCGUCCCGAGUCUCAGAGUCGACAGAACCUCCCCCCGAAGGAGAAGGAGGCACAGCCUGCCCCGCACCCUAAGGAGAACGGGAUGGCCGGCAAAAAGGAAGAGCGCACGGCCUCCAAGCGCUCCCCGAGCAACGGUGUGGCCCAACCAGGCGAGACCCUGGUCAACGGCGUCUCGUAGAGCGACCGUGCACCCGUUACGACCAGCGUCUAGAGCAAGACAUCACGGCAAACUAUCUGUCCCUGCUUGCAUUUGCGUAACAAAGAAAAAAAAAAAAAGAAAUCCUUUCAAACAGAUGAGUGAGAAAAAUCGACUUCAAAAACCUGAAUCCAUACGAGAGAUGUUUAAAAAGAAUUUAAAAAAACGACAAACGCAUCUAAUUAAAAAACCACACAUUAAUGGUGUAUGUUUAUCCUAUCUAUCAGUACUUAGUGCUUAUUAUUAAGACUAGCUUGCCAAAUAUAAGCUGGUGGAUACGACUCGAUCUUUAAAGACAUACUGAACUCAGAAACAGGACGUGACUAUUGUUAACCUUUUUUUUGUUUAUUUUUGUCUUUUUUUUAUUUUAAUUUUUUUUUUUUUGUCGUUCAUUUUGUUUUUGUUUUGUUUCACUGAUUUAGGCUUGUGAUCACACUUGGUCAUAAAUAGACACAUCUUUGAAACAAUGUUAGCAAGAGGAAAAAAAAAAAGAAGAAAAUAGCAGGAGAUUAAAAAGGGAGACCAGAGAUGAUUAUAGCUGUGUGGGCAGAGCCCCGACGAGUUGACUGACAGGUGUCCGUCAGGCAGUGUUGUGCAGCUAAGGUGGAGUUGGCCAGGCAUGAGAGAUUGGGUUAUAUGGAGAGACAUUGUGCCUUGAAUUUGAAAAAAAAGAAGUAAACUUGAGAUUUUUUUUUUUCUUUUCGGUUUUGUUUAUCGUUUUUUCACAGGAGGAUGGCUGGAGUGACUUUUAGUGUGGUUUUGUUUUUGUCUCGUGGGGUGGGGUGGGGGGGGGGGGGGUUGUUGAGGAGAGAGUAAAGCUGAAUUAAACAGUCCAUGGUGGCACAGAGGGGGGUAGAGUCUGCGGUUCACAGAACAGGGAAGUGUGAUGCCAAAAGAGAAUUUAAAGGGCACUUGCCCUCAGUAUGACAGUAGUAGACAGGACAGUGUUACAAUGGAGCACCGGUCCUUUUUUUGGGAGAGAGAGACAGUGUGGACAGGGCCGUGUUUGCGUUGUUGUGUGUUUGUGUGUGUGCGUGUGCGUGCGAGAGUGGGUGGGUGUUUUAACAUGCGUAUGUCUUUGUGCGUGUGUGUGUGUGUGUGUGUGUGUUCGUGUGCAGUUGAGAAAGAUGCGACUUCAGAGCGUAGUCAGGGACAGGAUGUUGCAUCACAAAGCAGACCCCUCCCUCAGAGCUGCAAAGGGGUGGGGCCAGGUGAGGCUCGAUUUGAUUGGUGACUUGACAGGUGCCCGUCUCUGACCAGCCCCAACCAAACCCUGCCCACCAACCCGCCCACCGAUAGACACGCCACUCAAAUCCAGUACCACUGGCCCGAGACCGUGGCUCCGACUCCUCCUACACACAAGAAACACAAACACAGAGACGUUCAGUGCCUCUGCAAACCCCCUCCCCCCACCUCUUAUCUGACCGCACUAACAUGGCUGUGGACCGGCGGAAGAGACUGAAUUGUUCUGGGCACAAGGGUGAGAGCGACGGAACGGGGCGAAAAAGUGUGUCUGAGCUCUGGCUUUCAGCAUCGCUAAUGCCGCCUGCAGUAACUCGCAGCAGAACUAGUUUCUGGGAGGAAAAGACGAAGCGGGGGGUGGGGGCAAAGAGGUCGUCUUGGUUACCUCAUUUGCCUCGGCUCGGCCCGGCUGCCGUGGCACACCUGUGCUCUCGUGUCAAAGGUCACACACACACACACACAGGGGAAGAAGAGGGCGUUCUGCGGGGUGCAGGGUAGCCACAGACGAGACGAGAACUGGGGGUGCCCACACUCGUCUAUAGCAACCGACAAAAAAACAAAUAAAAACAAGUAAUAUAGAAAUAACAAAACACAGGACACUUUGGCCGAUUCUGUAUGGGCACUGAUGGAGCCUCUCAAACGUGUUGGGUUGGGAGAGGCGAAUGCGCUUGGUUCGGUGGACGGACAACCGCGACGGCGGAUUGGGAGGGAGGAAAGGGAUGGGGUGGUUCCAGUCCCGUUUUGGGUGGGGCGUAGGGGGCAUGUGGGGAGGCAGGGCGAGGGUCUCUGAAUAGCCCUCGCCCCUUCCCAAAUAAAACGGCUCAUGUUCUAACUGUCAUCUUGGUUUCUGCUCUCAACUUUUUUGGUUGUUCUUUCCACAUCAUAGAAAAAAAUGAAUAAAAUGGGAAUUAAAUCGA